CAGAGGAGAGUGUAGUGGCAUUAAGCAGCUCAGAGAUCAGUGGAUGCUGACAGAUGCACAGCUGCUGAUGGGAAGAGGGAUACAGAAAAUACAAGAUUCUCACACUCCAGAGGAGAGACAGAGGAGGAGACCAGAUAUACUGUCUAUUUUCAUCAUCACAGUGACAAGGAUGGGAGGACAGCAGCAUUUCUGCAGCUGCAGAUAGACGUGCUCUCUGGAGUAAUGUUUUCAAUAUGCAAGACAGUGGGAUAUUUCUUCUCACAGGAAUGACAGGGCUUCAUAAUUCAGGUCACAGAAAAUGGGAGCAUAAUGUAUCCUGAAGGGAAGCUUCGGCAGGAACCUUGUGAUUUCUCUGCACUCUGCAAGGGCUGUGAGACUCUCAACAAGACAACAUGAGCGCAGGAGCCAAACAACACCACCUUUAAGAAAACACUCAAUGUCAUUUGACCUGCCAGAACACCCCGUUUCAAUCAACAGAUGGAGUGUUUUGUAUGUACUGUUUGUCCAAAUGGUUUUACCCUCACUAAGAUGUGUUUACUCAUGGAUGAAAAUUGAAUGGCGCAUGAUUGCCUACUAAGUAUCCUGUGAAUCAGGGUGUACAGUAGGUACCUUGAGAGCAAUUGCUGCAUACCCAGUUUUUCAAUAGCUAAGAGGAAAAAAAAUGAUCAAGGUUGUCUGGACUUUACAAUGAGAAAUCACUGACAAGCAAAGGCACAAGAGACCCAGGAGAUUUGAGGACAUAUGGACUGUGAGAAGAGGGAACAAUGGACUUUUUCUUCUUUCUUGGAUGACAGUAACAAAUACGAUAAACACAGCUACGCCAUUCGGGACUCCCUGUCCCUCACUUGACUGGCUUGGGCUUGUGGGAAAUGGUGUUCCUGAAAACAGAAUUAUUGAAUAAACAACAACCUUACAUUGUUUAUAAAAAAUAAAAAAAACCCUUCCCUGUCUAGAUAAAUGUAGGGGGGUCGCACAACUUACUUUUGAUCAUGAUAAUGUUUUACUGCUAAUAUGUGGCAUUACAAUGCCAAGAAGCCCAAAGUUUGCCAUCACUUCAGCUCUCUAUAGUUCCAUUGGGUAGCAUCAUUCAAACUUAAAGUUAGCAUCACAUACCCACCAAAAGUAAUCAUGGAUUUCAAUGGGUCCUAUCCAACAGGACUGCCCUAUAACACAAGCAUGGACUAUGAGGACUACUACCAGGGGCCUGACGCCAAUAAAAUCAUCAUCCCAUCCAUCUAUGCUCUUGUCUGCUGUGUAGGUCUUACUGGCAAUGCCAUGGUCAUCUACGUUAUUCUGAAAUAUGCCAAAAUGAAAACAGCCACUAACAUUUACAUCCUCAAUUUAGCAAUUGCUGACGAGUUGUUCAUGUUAAGUGUUCCUUUUCUGGCCACAUCAGCUGCCGUUCGUCAUUGGCCCUUCGGUUCACUGAUGUGUAGGUUGGUGCUCAGUGUAGAUGGUAUCAAUAUGUUUACAUCAAUCUUCUGCCUGACUGUGCUGAGUGUGGACCGUUAUGUUGCAGUGGUCCACCCUAUCAAGGCUGCCCGCUACCGCAGACCCACUGUAGCCAAAGUAGUCAAUGUGUGUGUAUGGGGGCUGUCACUCAUAGUCAUCCUGCCCAUCAUUAUCUUUGCCGACACUGUCCCAGCGCAGGACGGUGGCGUGGACUGUAAUUUCUUGUGGCCUGAACCGGCGUGGUCAGAAGCAUUCGUGGUCUAUACCUUCCUGUUGGGGUUUCUGCUGCCGGUUGGAGCUAUCUGCUUAUGCUACUGUUUAAUGGUGGCCAGGAUGCGAGCAGUGGGGCUAAAAGCAGGCUGGCUUCAACGGCGGCGCUCAGAGAAGAAGAUCACCCGCAUGGUGCUGCUAGUCGUGGCGGUGUUCGUCCUCUGCUGGAUGCCCUUUUAUAUUGUCCAGCUGGUCAGUGUUUUCCACCGGCCCCCAGACCCCAUGGUCACUCAGCUUUUUGUCAUCCUGAGUUACGCCAACAGCGGCGCCAAUCCUAUACUGUACGGCUUUGUGUCCGACAAUUUCCGGCGUUCAUUCCAGCGUAUUGUGUGUUUCCGGUGGCUGGAGUCUGGGUUGGAUGCGGAGCAGGUGGAUUACUGUGCUAUAGCUUUAAAGAGACAAGCAACAUGUAGCCCUCUGGAUUUUCCCAAGGAUUGUAUGGCUUCUGAUAUGGUGUUUCGCAAUGGGACAUAUACCUCCCGUACAACCACAGUGUAACAUUCAACCAGAACAGGACCUAAAACGAGGAGUAGCCACGACCUAAAGAGGAGCUUUUCAACUUUGGGAUUGCACAGGGGUGAUAUACAUGUGAUAAAAAACUAAGCUACAUAGGUUCCGAAUACAUCGUCCUUUAUAUGUAAUAUCCACUUGAGUACACAAGUGUGCCAUACAAAAAUUGACUUGACAAAAUGUAAACUCUUUAAUGUCAGGGGUCAUGAGAAUUUUGGGAUGGGCCACAAAGUAGAGAAACCCUACAAAACAGCUAAUGGAGCAAAAUGAGCAGCAAAAAUACAGUACAGCAGCCAGUCCAGCUGACUGACAUGUUGGGGGAAAAACUGACAAAGAAAAAUAUGUAUAUAACUGUAAGGAUCCUACUAAUUUUCUGUUUUCAAGUGGGAAAGGAUGUAUUGCACAAGUGAACAUAAGCACAAAAUUAACAUUAUGAUUCUGUGAUGUGACUUAUAGUCAGCCCUAUGUAUAAGAGGCUGCUUAGGAACGAUCCGGGAGAAGCUGGCGGGAGAGAUAUGGUGCAGCAGUGGCUUAGAGGUAGAGCGGGUCAAUCCCCAGCCCACAUGUUGAAGUGUCAUUGGGCAAGAUACUGAACCCCAAAUUGCUCCUGAGGGCUGUGCCUUCGGUGUGUGUGAAUGAUUAGUUUCUUUGUUCUGGUGAGCAGUUGGCACCAGGUUAAGAUUUAUGUUUGACUAGUUUAAAAUUUACAGAAACUUGAAUUCAAGAGCCUUUUAAUUUGAUAAACAGUGUUGGUUAUUGUUAGGUAAUUUUGUUUAUAAUUCUUAUGGCUCUCUUUUUAAGCAUCUUUAGAGCAUUUUAACAUACUGUGACAUAAUUUAUACGUAGUUUGCAGCAUGCUUUAUGUGUUAUCAUUCCCCAAAAUUAAAUUAAAUGUACCCUUUUAAUUUAAACAUAAUUUAUUAUAAGCUUGCUUUGUGAAUUUAUUAUAUGAUUACCAAAUUUAGUCAAACCAACCCUUUAAAAGCUCCAAUUUCUUUUCCACUGUAUCCAGAAGUUGUUUGUUGUUAUUGUCUGUUUUGGACACCUUGCAUAAUCAAUUAUAUACAAAAUAAACAAUAAUGGACCAAACAUAAGCUGGGAGGAAAUUUGGAAAUUAAGGGGUGCUAUUGGGCAUUACAUAAAAUCAGGAGGUAUAUCUUCAACUAAAUAUUUUAUUUAGGCCUAUUUGUACUGUCUUUAUAAUAACACUUUACAUAGAAUGGAAACUGUACUAAGCAGAUAUUGUUUAAAUUUCACCACCUUCAAAUCUCUCUUUCAAAAUUUUUAAUGUAAUUGAUCUAGUCUAUUUUAAAUAUAGUUGUUCUGCUGGUACGUCCAACACAAAGGUCAAUUCAAAAUUGUUGGGGAAAGACAACAAGUGUUACCAAGCUUAAUUUCAUAGUGUGCUAGUUUUACUUACAGAUAACUACAGAUAACACAGAUAGAUAGAUAAAUAGAUUCCACAAAGGGAAAUUCAUUUUGCUCAGGUCAGUACAACAUACAAGAUAAUAAAUAAAUAAAAUAAAAACCACAGUACAAAACAGGAGGUAUGAAGACAAGAUUUAAAAGAAAAGCAAUGCCUUCUACUAAUUAUGGGAAUGUGUGUGUGUAAUAAUUAUUUUAAAAAAUUUAAAAAAUACACUUGAGGUGUCGUGUAGGGAAACGCACUGUAUGGAGCCCAAAAAGACUUGUGCCAGCCCUGGACAUCACCCACAUAAGAGAGGUUAAAUUAUUAAUGUGUGUCACUUUCUCAAGGCUUUCAAAUUAUGUCUGAUUUUUUAAAUGUGUACAUUUCUGUAUUUGCUGUAUCUGUUUGUUAUCUGUUGGUGGAUCUGUUUAAAUUUGAGGUUUGUCUUUGAAAAUUGUAUAUGUUGAGUUCAUGUUUCUAAAUUUCAAAGGUUCACAAAAUGAUUUUUUUCAUCUGUGGUAUUACUUCUGAUGUUAACACAGGAGACUGUUGUUCAUUUCCUGUUUCAUACCUAGUCAGUUUGAGUUUCUUUUAACCUGACCACAAUCAUUUCCUAACCUUAACCAAGUGUUAUCGUCUUGUCACAUCAUGAAACAGAAUUAUUUUUCCACAUCGAUAUAUAACGGUUUUUGACGGCACAGACAAAGGAUGUCGUCCUGCUGAUAGGAGGGUCAGAUCAGAAAAUGCUCCCAUGUGUCUUUCUAAAGGGUAGUUACAAACUAUUUACUACUAUAUUUUGUCAUUUAAUUUGGAGGACCUGUUGACAGCCUAAAAAUCCUAUUUUAUAAAUAACAACUCGAAGCUCCCAAUAAUCUAAUCACCAAUCACAAAAUCCAAAAAGAUAAAAAAAAUAAUACAUCUUUUGUAAAUACUGGAGGUUACAGGGGUUGAAGGGGCCAUCACAGGCAAUCAAGAUAUUAGAAUUCAAAAGCUGAUUAUAAAAAGAAGAUCCAUCUUAUCUACAAGUUGAAAGAGGGCCUUGCCCACAACAUCAUAAGAGACAAAAAUAUUUGUAUACAAUAUAGCAUCACACUGAGAGAGAAGUCCUAGUUGUGACCUUUUGGUUUAAGUGUUUGCAGCUCAUAGAUCCAGAAUGCUUCUCUUAUCAGCUCUAGAUCGCCUCCUCUGGGUGGAUUAAAGACAUUUUCAUUGCCAUGAAAGUCGAAAUGUCAUGUCUAUAGUGCACAGCAAACGGAGAGUUAUGAUUAUUUCGCCAUACAGUGCAAGAAGAUGUGUAAAGAAAAUGUUAAUGUGUCUUCAGACAAAACAAAGCAAAUUUUAGAGGUGGCUCGAAAGUCUAUGGAACGAUGCAAGUUCACUUGUGGUGGCACAAAUUGACAUGAAGACAUGUCCAUGCAAGUUAAGAAUAUUUCAACUUGAGCGAAAAAUGUACUUAUUAACUUAUCCCAAAGUUAUGAAUCUGCUUCAUAAAUGUAUAGAGACGA